AUCAUAAGCGGCCUUACAGACAACAUGGACAAAUUCAAUUGUUUUUCUACAUUAUUUAGAAUUUGAAAUACAUCCUAAAUUCGAAAGUUUUAUGUCAUUCUGCUGAUGCAAACACUUUAAGUUUUUACCAUUUUGUGAAAUAUACCAAUCAAAACAUGGGUCGUCGGUCAAUAAAUACCACCAAGAGUGGGAAGUACAUGAAUCCAACAGAUCAGGCCAGAAAAGAAGCAAGAAAAAGAGAGUUGAAAAAGAAUAAAAAGCAGCGUAUGCUAGUCCGUACAGCAGUAUUGAAAGGCAAAGAUCCACUUAAACUUCUAGAAGAGAUGGAAAUUAUAGAUCAGAUGGAGUUUAAUCCAAUGGAAGCUCCAAAGCUUAAUGAGAAAGUGUUAAAAGAUAAAAGAAAGAAACUUAAAGAAACUUUCCUUAGAGUUAUGAGACUUUAUGAAAAAGAAAAUCUUGACUAUGCUAAAGAAUUGAGGAAAGCCGAAAUUGAAUAUGAGAAAAAGAGAGAAAGACUUCAACUACAUUACGAUCAAGUGAAGAUAGCUGAGAGAGUACAGUUAAAUGAAAUCCCUUUACCUGAUAUGCCGGCAGAACCUGCACCUUCUGCUAUUCCAUUGCCAAGUGAUAUACCUCUUCCACAGAAAGGAAUUCUGAAGAAACAUUCAGCAUACAGAGACCCACAUUCAACAAGUCUGACCGAGAGGCGGAAAAAGAGACCUGGUCCCCCUCCAGGGCCACCACCAGAGCUCAGUGACAGUGAACCUGAAGAAGAAGAGUAUGAUCCUGCUACAGGUAUUGAGGAGGUUUUGGGAACAGUGGAGGUAGAGCAUCAUCUUGAAGAGAUGGAAUCAGAACCACCAUUACCUGAAUUCACAGAAAAAGAGAAGAAGAAGAAAAUAAGAUUUAUUGAUGACGACACUAGAGACCCGUCAUUAGAAGAGAAAGACACACGACUGAAAUUUGGUCUACCUAAAAAGCCAGCCGUGACAUCAUUACAAAAGAGGAUGUUGGAAAUGGCAGGACAGGAUGUGCCGAAGGAAGACAGUGAUAAAGAAGGUCGGGACAGCUCGUCAAGUUCUGACUCCAGUGAUGAUGAUGAUGAUUAUAAACAGAGGAGAGAUCGAAGAGAUAGAAGAAGGGACAGUGAUUCUAGCAGUGAGAGCGAGGAGGAAACAUUUGCGUCGCACCGUGACCACAGUGAUGAUGAGGACGACAAUGAUAAUAAGAAAAUUAGUGAACCUGUAGAGAAGAUUGAAGAUGUACCCAUACCUAUACCAAUACCAAUGAAACCUGCAGCCCCUCCAGGACCCCCACCAGGGGCUCCAGCAGGAAUGCCCCCAGGACUUCCUCCAGGUCCACCUCCUGGAGCACCUCCUAUGAUGAUGAGGCCACCACCCCUUCGUGGUGCCCCUCCUGGGCCUCCAGGUGGCCCUCCAAGAAUGAUGCGCCCUGGACCACCUCCUGGACGUCCACAGGGCAUGCCACCAGGGCCACCACCUGGCCUUCCUCCAAACAUCAGAUUACCUCCAAGAUUACCACCAGGAGGCCCUCCAGGAAUGCCACCUCCAAGAAUGUUACGGCCUCCAGGUGGACCACCAGGUAUGGGUCCUGCCUCCUUGCCACUCCCACCAGGAGUUGCUCCUCCUCAACAGAACCCGAACGUUCUCAGUGCUCCUCCAAGCAUCAUGAAGCUGCCACAAAAGAUUGCCCCAGAGGAAAAGAAAGAUGCCGCUACUAUAUCAGCAAAGCCCCAGAUCAAGAACCCUAUCGGAGAUGUUACAAGAUUUAUGCCCACAUCUCUAAAGGUGAAAAGAUCUGCCAAAGAUACAAAGGUUAAGAAAGCAGGUACUGAAGAUGAGAGACAUAAUGUAGGUGUACCAGUUAAACAAACACCUGCCCUACAACAGCCUGGUAAAAAGAAGGAUGAUGCUUAUGAUCAGUUCAUGAAAGAAAUGGAAAACUUAUUGUAGCAGAAUGAAAAAUAGGCUGUGUGUGUGAGAGGAGGAAGUCAGGGUGAUGGUUAGAACACAUAAAAUGAUGACAUCACAGAUUUCAUCAUAACUUUAUCUCCUUCAGAAGGAUUUAACAUAUUGUGGAAUGAAAUUCUACACUAUAUGGACAUAGACCUGUCUGCUUAAUAAAAUACAGGAACCAAGAUUUCAAAAACUUUAUUAAAUAUUAUAUAAAAAAGUAGCAGUACAAAAAACAAAUUAUUUGUCCAAAAUUAUUUUUGUCGGAGAUAUUAGUGAACUUAAUCAAAUUCCAUGUGCAUUUUUCUGAGUUUUGUGACUAGUUUUCAAACAGACAAUAAAAGUAAAAGACACAGCAAUUAAGGCCUGUACCUUUAAUAUAGGAAACAGAAUUUUAACAAAGUCAGGAAUAGUCCUAUCUUAUAGUUGUUUCUGCUGACUCGGCAGAAUUUGUGCAAGAUUUAAAUACAUAAUAUUGCAAUGUAAAAAGAUCAUUUUCAAAUUUUUCAUUGUCAUUUUUGUAAAUUUCAGCAUAUUUCAAUAAAUGUCAUACAUCC